ACCUUCCUGAAAAGUUCUCAUCAAAUUAUUUUUUAUUACAUGGCGCACAGGCUGAGGACCCUGAUAUAUUGAGGCCAAAGUCCUGAUCAACGGACCAAACAGCAACGAACAUGGAACGUCCCGCGAUGAAGCAGGCGGUCUGCAAGGCAGCAAGCAGAGCGAUCCCGUCGAUUUCUCGGUGCUGCUUCUCUGCUUCCUCGACACGUUCACCCAACCUCAUGCAUGGCUGACGCGUAUAUCGUCACGAACUCGCUCUCCCUCCCUCCUAUAAAAGGCCAACACCUCCAAGCUUUCCAUUCAUCGCCUCCCACUACUCUGUGAGCGAGAGAAAGGGACUUGGGAAAGAUGAUGACGACGAUGGAGGUUUUCAGACGUCGGGUCUCCGUUGUUCCCCUUCUUUUGCUCCUCUGUGUUUGUAUUCCGAUGACAAUGGCAAGAAGAGGAGGACAGGAUGAUCAGGAGGAGAUGAGCAGCAUCUGGAGCCAGGGAGGCGACAUAUUCGUGCUGCGGAGGUUGAAGAAGGUGUACAAGACGGAGGCAGGGGAGAUGAGCGUGGUGAGGGGCGUGAGCAGUAAGGGAAGCCCCAGGGAGUUGCGGAUCGGGUUCAUCACCAUGGAGCCUCGGUCCCUCUUCGUUCCUCAGUAUAUGAACGCCAACUUGAUCCUCUUUGUUCGCAGAGGCCAAAUGAAGGUUGGUUCGAUACAGAAGGACGGUUUGGUAGAGAAGGAAUUGAAGACAGGAGACGUGUACAGGAUCUCUUCGGGCUCCACAUUCUAUUUGGAGAAUAUCAGCGAGGGCCAGAGGUUAAAUAUCAUCUGCAGCUUGGACACAACAGAAGCUCUGGGCAGUGAGGUCCUUCAGUCUUUCUUCAUUGGAGGUGGGGCGCAACGACAGUCGGUGCUUGCGGGAUUCGACUCCAGGAUACUCUCUACCGCAUUCAAUGUAUCGGAGGAGGAGCUGAGCUCGCUGUUUCGAGGGCAGAAGGAAGGUCCCAUCAUCUACGUCGAAAGAGGCAGGGACGAGCCCAGGACGUGGGAGUCCGCGAUGAGACUCCGCCAGCAGAGCUUGCCCUCGCAUCACCACCAUGAUGACGACAGGGACGAAGAUGAUGAAGACCGGGACACAGAGGAAGAGGAGGAGGACGUGGUGGUCUGGGCGUGGAGGAAACUGCUGAGUGCCGUCGUAGGCAAGAAGGCAGAUGGACGGAAGUCGGCCAUGAAAUCCGCCGCUGCCGCCGAUACUUACAAUCUGUACGAGAGGCAGCACGACUUCGAGAACGCGUACGGGUGGAGCGUGGCUGUGAAUGAGAACGUCUACCCGUCGCUCCGCCACUCCGACAUCGGCGUCUACCUCGUCAACCUCACCGCUGGGUCGAUGAUGGCUCCCCACUUGAAUCCGGAGGCGACGGAGUACGGCGUGGUGCUGCGCGGCAGCGGCAGCGUCCACAUCGUCUUCCCGAACGGGUCGGCGGCGGCGGAGGUGGCGGUGAAGGAGGGCGACGUCUUCUGGGUGCCGCGCUUCUUCCCCUUCUGUCAGGUGGCCUCGAGGGGAGGGCCCUUGGAGUUCUUCGGCUUCACGACGUCGGCGAGGGACAACCAGCCGCGCUUCCUGGCCGGUGCCAACUCGGUGAUGCAGGAAAUGAAGGGGCCGGAGCUCGCGGCGGCGAUGGGGCUGAGGCAAAGCGAGCUCGACCGCCUCGCGCAGGCUCAGCGCCAAUCCGUCAUCCUUCCCCCUUCGUCCCGCUCUUACGUCUCCGUGUAGACGCCUGGCGCAUGGGCUUUCCUUUCCUUUUUAUUGUACCCUCCUUUUUCUUGUUUGCGUUUUUUCUCUUUCAAUUUUGUUUGUUAUCUUUCUUUUUCUAAGUCAAGGAAAUUUUGUUCUUCCUACGAAUGAGAUUCACAUUCAUAUAAGCACCUCAAGUUUGGGUUGGAUCUA